AAAGUUGUCUGUUACCUAAUCUACUGAGUUUGCUUUUGUCAACUGAUACACGAAACAAAUUCGUAUAUCGUGUUUUUUGCAGAGUGUUUAGUUAGUUAGUGUUUGAUUAGUUCGUGAUUAGUGAAAAAAUAAUGUAUAUUUGAUAUGCCUCCUAUAAGACGAAGCAAUUUAGGUAGAAGAACCAGAAAUGCUACAAACCAAGCUAAUUACCGAUCUAAUCGUACUGCACAAGAACGUGACGACGGAAAUGAACGUGAAAGAAUUCGGAUAUCACAAACGCGUGAAGCGCGAGCGCGACAUUCAACUAAUAAUCGCGCAAGUUUGAAUCGAGCUGCUUUCAGUUACGAUGUGUCAAUUGACUACAGUAACUACCAAUGUGUUGUUAUUGGUUCUAUGAACUCGGUUUGCUCACACUGUAAGGCAUUAAAAUACAAAAACGAAGCCAAUGGAUUGUGUUGCGCAAAUGGUAAAGUGAAAUUGAUACCAUUGGAUCCACCACCAGAACCAUUGUACUCAUUGGUUUCAGGAAUAGGAACAGAUUCUAUACACUUUUUGACACAUAUCCAACAAUAUAACAAUUGCUUUCAAAUGACUUCAUUUGGGGCAACAAAUGUAGUUCGGGAAAAUUUUAUGCCAACUUUCAAGAUACAAGGGCAAAUAUAUCACAGAGCAGGUUCACUGUUACCAGUGUCAGAUAGCGACAACAAAUUCCUGCAAAUUUAUUUUAUGGGCAAUUCACCACAAGAAAUUGAUCUGCGUUGUGCACAUAACAAUUUAGUAAAGAGGUCUAUUAUAGAACAAUUACAAACUUUAUUUCAUCAACACAAUCAAUUGAUUAUAUUGUUUAAAACUGCCCUGGAUCUGAUGCCAUCCGAUAAUCACAAAAUUGUAAUCAGAGCUGAUAAAACACCUGCAGGUCAACAUACAAGACGUUUUAUGCACCAACUAUUGAUGAAGUUGCUAUCGUUGUAGUUGGAGAAAACUUGGAAUCCCGUGAUAUUGUUUUACAUCGUCGGAAUGAUCAAUUACAACGUAUAAAGGAAACACACCGCUCAUAUGAUGCACUGCAAUAUCCCAUUAUAUUUUGGCAAGGUGAAGAUGGCUACGAUUUCUCAACAAAAAUGAUAAAUCCCAUUACAGGUAACUAAAAUAUUAGUUUAGCUAUGGCGAUAAUAUUUCAGUCAUUAUAUUAUGUAUUUUAAUUUUAUAUUUGAAUGUUAUUAAAACAAAAUCUA